CCGUGCGACCAGGGAACAGAUGGGUGAAGACAUGUGGAGGCUCUGGUUCACGAAACUGCUGCUCCUCGCGGCUCUGCUGAUCGCCGCGGCGCAAGGAUCGCUCUCAGAGGAUGCGGAUUCGUUACCAGAUGUUAGGGCGCAUAGGCAGGAAAGGGACCUCCAAGGGGUGACCACGGUUCUCCUAGUCUCGGCCAAACCCGGCAAGUCCGUUCCGCCGGUCGGCCUGCUCACCAAAACCGCGAGAACGUUCGUGCAGGAUGGCGCUAGCACGGAAUUCGCUACCCAGGUGCUGGGCACCACUCUCGACAAUGGUCGCCUGUACGCUAGAAUCUUGUCCACAUCGAGUAGAGUCUUCUACGAUAAAGAACCCAGUCCAGAUACACCUAGACCCUAUGUAGUUUACCCGUCGAGAGCACCUAGCGAUGACUGGCAGUUCAGGGUAGCUCUAGAAGAUACGCCCAUCAAAGCUCUAAAAGAGAUCGAGGCGCCGAUCACCGCGGAUUCUAAACAGACAUCUGAUCACGAAGAGGACAGCGAAAAGGCAGCGACGAAGUUAGACGAACUGUCUAGGGAAAAUGAUAUCUUCAGCAGGCGAGAGCUCAAUGCCGACCCUCAGAGGUUCAAGCCAGCUAAGGUUCGACCUGCUGAUAAUCUGCCGACGUUCACCGUUAAACACGAGUAUGUCUCCAGUAACUUUGAUAACUUGGAAGAGGAUCCGCCGAAGACGUUCAGGCCUCGAUUACCGAAGAUCUUUAAACCUCAGCCUAAAGCUCCCGCGCAAAAGAAGCUUGAUAUUAAGCCAUUGGCUACAGUGACUUACCAUGGAUUUGCUGACUUCACUACCACCGUGGGUGAAACUGUUAUCGUUUUUUCUCCUAGCACUUCGCCGGCACCCGUCGGACGACCUGCUACUACGAUCAAAGGAGACGCCACUUUGAGACCCGACGAUGGAGUUGCUGUGUUGAAAAUCAGACCCACAAGCGUUGUUCCUGCUCAGCAGAAGACUGUGGAACAUCCAAGCUUGGAGCAGCCUAGUAUGAAAGUUGGAUCGGGCGACCCACUUUUGGAUGCUAUUAAUGGAGCUAAUAUUCAGCCCAGUGUCACUGAAGACUUUGAAACUGAAUCUGCGACCACGUCCACUGAACCUCUUCUUUUGGUGCCUGACAUAGAUUCGAAGUCUGUGAAACCUACUGGGCUGCUGAAGGUUGUGGACUCCACGACAUCCACGGAUGGUACAACCACUCACUACAAGAGCAUGAUCUACGGAACUUAUAUUGGUACAAACUAUGCCCAGAUCAUUCACACGUCUUCAAACGUGUACUUCUUCCCUGACGAAGCUACCGCCACUUAUGACACCGAGGACACUACUGUGGAUUACGGAACUACCGUCACGGACGACGACGAAGAUGAACAGGAGACUACUUCUGAAAUGCCAGUAGGCACCACGCCUAGAAUUAUCACCACUAGCGAAGAAAGUUUGCCAGAAGUGAAUGAACUGACGACUCCAUUCAGAGACACCACUGACAGUGUAUUAACUACUUUAAAGGACAUCUUGGAAAGUGCUAGGAGAGUUUUAGGAACAACUGAAUCAGUCAGGCCCACGUUGGAUGACGAAAUACCGAAUGAUAUUGUCCCUGGAGAUCCUCAAGGCAGAAGUAUCAAAGGUGGCAGUCCCAAGAACGACAUUGGGCAAAAACAUAAGAAUAUAUUCGAUGAUCAGGAAGAAAAGGCGACUCUAGCUACUAGACUCUUGCCGUCCACAGUGUACAAGACCUUCACGUACUUCACCACUUUCUUCAUUCCUGAUGGCGCCCAAACUACCACCUCAGUACGUUCCAGAGAAGUGGUAUCGUCGGAAGUAUCUUAUUUGACAGAGCUAAUUACACCUAACUCAACUGCCACCCCUAUUCUUCCUACUGCAGUAACUGAAUCAACCAUGACUCAGACAACACCAUUGGUCAGCACAAUGGAGGAGGAGCAAACAACCAAGCAGGAUGAGGAGAUCGAGCUAAUAUUCAAGACUCUAUACACCACUUACACGUAUUUGACAACUUUCUUCCAAGAGAACACGUCCAGUGUCUCCAGUAGAGAGGUCGUUGAAACGAAUGUUAUUACUCAGACAGUUGGACCUAAAGGUGUCUCGGCUGUGGUGGCAGAUUUGUUUGAGAAGGAUCAGCCUAUCUUCAUAGCUCCCACUAAGGUUUCAGAACCAAUUUUGCCAACGGUUAUGCCUCAACAGAUCGAAAAAGGAACUGAGAAGUAUCCGACCACUUUGGAGCAAACAACAGAGGACACACUGACCACUCUUCAGGAACAAGACACUACAACUGAUCAGAAUAUUCCUACAGAGCCUGGAACGACUCCGAACGAAUACGAAGAUACUAGACAAACUGUUCCUGACCUAGAACCUAGUCCAACACCAGCAAUGCCAACAGAAGCCGUCAGAGAGCAAAUUAAGACCUACUACACGACGUAUACCUACUUUACCACCAUCUUUGUUGAUGAUGAAACAGAAAUCGAGACUAGAACCGAGGUAUUCACUAAUGUCGUCACUGAGACGAUCCAACCAACUGCUGUUCUACCUGUUAUACAAGAAACCUUCGCUGCAACUACUCCUACAGAAGAACCACCUAAGCCAGCAGUUCCUCCAGGAAUCCUGGCUUAUUUGGAAGCUAUUCAGAGACAGAAAUCUCAGGAAGAAGCGCUUAAACUGGCAAAGAAAGUUCAGCAGGAGGCAGCUCAUCAGGUUGAAGAGAUUCCAGCCGUGGAAGAAGUUAAAGCAGAAACCACGGAACUUCCAACUACUUUAGAGGAUCAACCAACGACUGAGAACCCAUUUCGUGGUAUAGAAGUGAUUGCUCAAGUGACACCCAAUCCUCCUGUCGAUGGAGAAAUACUUGGCUCCAUGAUUACUGAUGUAGUGUCCUCAUCCAGUUCCGGUGGAGGUACAGUUCUAGACUUGAUGGACAAGAGAAAUGCGGUUCCAGAGGAUCAAGAGCUGUCCGAGUCGAACCAUCAUGACGUAGAACCAGCGCCCACUCUUCUUCUUCAAACAAGUUACACGACCUUCACAUACUUCACGACGAUGUACAAAGGUGACGAGUCCAACGUGGUCAGCCGAUUGGAGACUGUCACCAACGUUGCCACCGAGACUAUCAGACCAACUGCUGUGGCACCUGUAGAAACCAGUACCCUGCCAGUGACGUACUUCACGACCUUCACUUAUUGGACUACGUUCUACAAAGGUGGGGACACAGUGACGACAAGUCGAGAAGAGACUGUCAGUAACGUGGUGACUCCAGGUGUUACCCCUACACCUACCGUAGAGCUUGGAAUUAUUAUGACUUACAGACCAAACUCGGAACCUAUUGAAGAAACCUCUGUCAAAGUCGAAGAGUCUAAAGUUACGGCUGAUAAUGAAGUGACACCAUCAGAUAUUGUUCCAAUCGAGAACUCGAAGUCAGAGGAGGUGGAGAAGACAAUUCCCGUAGAUGUCACCUCUUCUGUUGCGGCGCCUAGUAUUGUUGAAGCUACUACCACUUCUCCUGAACCUACUACGUAUUAUACAACUUACACUUAUUUCACGACCUCGUAUAUUGGUAACGAGACUAUAUUGAACAGUAGAUUGGAAACUGUCACUAGUGUCUCUAUACCUGAAGUGGUUACUACGCAACCAGUUGCUACUGGCAGAGCAAUCGAUGGACCAGUGUUUCAACAGGCUUUGGCAACUGAAGAGAAAUCAGUUACGCCGUCAAAGGUUACCGAACAACCUAAAGUCGGUUUGAUCUCGACUACCAGGUCCAGUCAAGUGAACGACGGUACAACAACACAUUAUAUGACCGACGUACAUGGUACUUACAUUGAUGGUUUGUACGCCCAAGUCGUUGAAAGUUCAACAUCGAUUGAAACACCACCUUUGCCAUCAACGACUGUCGCCACUCCUGUUCUACCAACUGGUGUCCUGUCUCUCAAUAAAGGUAGCGUAGUAGACGCCGACGAAGUGACAACAAUCUUCUUCACCACAAAACAGAUUGGUACCUUGUUCGACGGUCUCUAUGCUAAAGUGAUCGAGAGUACUUCAAGUACGAAGAUCGACGAAGAGAGAAAGGCCACCAUUCCACCUACUCACGGUCACCGAACUGGACUGGUAAGACUGAUACACGGUCAAAUCGAGAACAAUGGUACAACGACGUUCUACCAAUCGAAAGUAAUUGGCACCAGCAUUGAAGGCAGAUACGCACAGAUCAUCGAGAGCACUUCUAGUUUCUUGUCAGCAACGCCAACCCUCAACAUUGCUCCGACAGCGACACAGCCACCUGCAAAACCAACAGAUUUACCAGAGAUCUCUCCUUCGCCGGCAGUAAUUCAGUCUUCGCUAUCGGAAGAUCCUACCACGGAAUCUCCUGAUCAAGAUGACAACUCUGAGCAAAACGAAGAGAACGAUGAAGAUGACGAAGAUGGUAAAGAUGGACAAAGUUCGAAGAAGAAGUCUCGAUUGACAUUCUCGACCAGGAAGAGGUCGUUCACACCAGCUAUCAGACCGUUUGCUUCUAGAAACAGGCCAACGUUCAAUCCCAAGCGCAAGGGUGCGCAGGGUGCUACCACAAUUACCAGGACAGACAUAACUCCGACUAUAACAGCCACGUUAGCGGGCAAGGCUAACAGAUUUGCUUCGUCCAGAGGUCGAAUCAGUUCUCCAAUUGGACCUUACUCUUCAACCUUGUCCCCAUCAGGCUCCAGAAGGUUCAACGGUAGGAGAGGAGGGCCUUCUAGCACAACUCCCGCCGUAUCAGGAAGUACCAGAGGCAGAGCGCAACCCAGGAUAUCUCCUUCCUCAGUGUUCCAAGGGAACAGAAGAGGACCAACAUCGAUCAGAGGUUCUUCAGCAAGAGCUGCGACCCGUGGAUCGAGUUCCGCUUAUCCUGGAGCAUCCACCAGAUUUAGAUCACCCAUCAGACCCUCCUCGACACUAUUGAGGGGCCAGGCAACCGUCAGACACGAUGAUCAAGAAAACGAUGCUAACGAGUUCACUACCACUACGUUGGUCACCGAGGAGACUCCAUAUACCGAGGACUUUGAUGGAGGCGAGACUGUGACUAUACCCCUGCAGACCACUACAGAAUCAUCUAGAAGAUCCACAAAUCCUUUACUCAGAUUCCGUAGGCCAAUUAAUUUGAACAAUUCCGGGAGAACUGGCACUACUCCCAAACCUCCAACGACACCUCGUAGGAAUGGCAAUUUGAAUAAACCUACCGCGCCAUCCGUCCCUAAAGUGACGAACAGCAGGGCAAAUGGCAGAGCUGCUCCGAUAUCUACCAGACCACGACAAGGUGGGCCUGGUAUAUUUCCGCCUAGAGGACUAUUUGGAAAGAAACAAGAGUUACCUACCGGGGAGCAGAUAGAUCCGAAUGAGGAUUUGGAAGGCGAGGGAGAGGAGAAUUUCGAGGAUGAAGCCGUGGAAGAGAUAUCCGACAACGACUACGAGGGAUCGGAGCACGAGGACAGAACCACGAAUGUCAACCGACGUUCCGGGAAGUCCAUAAAAACGGCUGUACAGAUCAGACCAUUUACUCGUGGCAGAAGGGUCCGCCGUCAAGCGAGUCAGUUGAGAGCGUAUUCGAGUCGUUUCCGUCGGCCGGGCGCUAAGGCUGAAGAAAAGUCUGACGCCACUGAGGCGACCACCAACAAAGAGGACACGGCAAAGUCCGCGCCCAAACCGAUCGCUCGUUACAACAACCGUGGAAGAUCGUUGACCACAUCUCGGCCGCCGCCAAAAUCCGCGAACAAUCCAGAAAAGUCAUCAGCCGAAUCUACGGAGUUGAGUCAGAGUAAGGUCAGGCCUAGAGCGAAGACGAACGGCGAUAGGAGCGCUGCGUCCAGAAUAAAACCAUCCCCGACAUCCGGUAACGGUAGGCAAUUCACUCUAAGAGAGAAAGACGGGACCGGUUCGAGUCGAUCGAACUAUAAACGGCCUAACUCUUCAGGGUCUAGAAACAACGGGCGCACGACGAACAACUCGGAGAGGGUGAGGCCCCCGAGGCUGAGGAACGGAGCGAGCAAAUCGUCCGAGACGACCAAUACGAGGCGGGUGCCGCCAUCUCGCGCUACGUCGAGAUCGUCGGGUAGGAACGGUAGUAGGAGAACGUCGUCGCGGACCAGGGGUUCCCUCGAGGACAUUAGGGAGUCGCCGACGAUUUAUCCCGAUUAUGACGGUACGAUCACAGUGACCCAUUACGUCCCAACCGAGGUGACGAUUCCCGUGGUGAACAACGGCAUCACGGAGCAACGUAACAUCAUAACUGCUCAGCCGAGUACCGAGGUGUUAGGCCCCUCUCAGUAUAGUACCGUAGCAGGUGGAGACGGCAGGUCGCUGGUAGUAAUCGUUAGCGAGGUAACCGGUACUAACCCCCAAGGCCAGACCGAGGUCACCCGAUUCUUGCUUCACGAGACAUCCACCACCCGGGUAUCCCAUACGUUGACCACUCUAGGCGGUCGCAGGGCCUCGCAGUCGGUGAUAGUGCCCACGACCGUCUACUCUGUAGAGAACGUAGUUUCGACGAUACAACCCUCGUUGCCCGGGAACGCGCCCCUCGCGAACAUAUUGCUGUCACAGCUGCUUCUCGGUCAGUUAGGUCAGGCUAACCCCCUGCUGCAGCCGCAGGGCACGCCGUCCACGCAAUACAACACGCGCACCACCUCGUACGUCACCACGAUAACGAAGCAGCAGAGCACUGUGAUUCCACUCACGUUCCGCGGUAAGGAGAUCCUGACGACCUUGGUAGACACCUCGACCGACGUGGUCACCGCGACUGAGUUCAUCACCGAUACGGUGGUCGUGACGCCCACCGCAGCUCUGCCAGCUGCCAAUCUGAACUCCCUGUUGCUGUUGCUGCAACAACCCCAGCAGCCGUCGAAAAACUCGAACCCCUUGCUGGACUCGGUGUUCGCCGCUCCUCCUUUCACCCAGAGCAAUACUUUGCCCGGUGAAGUAGAGAGGAGACAUCAGCCAGCUGACUCCGAUUACAAACAAGACAGCUACGAAUACUCCGAAGAGGAUGACGAUGUGCAAGAGUAUCACAAGUCGUCCAGGCCGCGCAACGGUCGUGGAAAGUCGAACGACAAGAAAGAGGACCAUUCUAGCCAGGCCAAAGAAGAGUCCAGCGUAGUCACUCUGUACGUUUCCGGCCGGAGGCCCGGGGAGUUCAGCACUGUUCUUAGCACUGUGAAGGUCGGCGAGAUGGUCAGCCCUACCAGGAGGCGAAGGGACGCCGACCAUACCGUCGAGGUGCGACCUUCCGUCCCGCCGUCUCUACACGCGGGACCGGAAGAGAUCGCUACGCUGGCGGGGAGCGAGGAUACGCUGGACGCGCACGCGCCGACAGAGAGUCUCGAGAGCGUAAGGAUUUGGUCCAAGGAACCGAGAAUCGUCGACUUUUCAGAUGAUUACAUUGACGAGCACCGCCCGGCCGACUUCGAUAGCAAACGCGUACAGUGGUCCGACGAGGACGGCGAGAGGGCCGCGGAUCCGAUCGAGACGAACGACAACGACUAUCUAGAAGAGAUGCCGAGGAAACGGGUCAGAAUCCGCGUCCCUGUCGUCAGGAAGUACGGGAGACAGCACACGCUGACCGUCGUCAGGCGCAGGCCUAUUAGGACUCAGGAUCCUCAAUCGGUUAGUCAUACACCGAGGAGGAUCGUCGUCACCAGGGUCAGAACCCUGGGACUGGCUAACUCGAUACACUCGGACGAGCCUGAACAUUUUAAGCCUGAACCUGGACGCCAUAAAGUGACCAUCACUAGACGACGAAAGAUCGAACCUACGACUAUUCUACCGACUACUACUGAAACGAGAGCUAGGAUCACUAAGAAGAAGCUGAUAGCUGUUAGACCGGUGCAACCGACACCUAGCUUCGCUAUCAUUACUACCGGAUUCUUCACUGCUCCAUCGUCCGAGUAUGAAGAGGAAUAUUCGGAAGAAAGUACCGAUGAGCCUGAAGACUUUAAGCAAGAGGUUACCACUACUUUCACGCCCGAAUUAGAAGAGCCACCUAAUGUUAUCGAUAGUAAGCCCGACGAGGAGACUUCUGUUAGAACAAUGGAGACCGCGUCUAAAGUAGUGGAGGAGACCAGUGCGAACGACCCAGUGAUCAUUACUGAUAACUUCUUCUUUCCACCGGGCGAUGAUGAGGAAUAUGAAGAGUAUGAAGACGGAUAUGAGACUACGACAACUGAGAGCGCGAAAGAAUCGUUAGAUGAGGAUGUACCGACGACCAAGUCGACGACGGAUGACGAGAAUGUUGUGUCCAGUAAAUACGACGUUGUGACUACUUCUGAGAAACCCGAGAAGGAAAUGGUCACGACGGAGGAACCUGACGAGAAAUUAGAAACGACAACUGAAGAGGUUUCUAAGGAUGAUGAUAAACCUGACGAUGUAGCGACUACUUUGAAGCCCAUUGAAGAUUCAACAGUGCCGUCGAAAGAAGAAGUCGCGACCACGCAGUCGGAUGGCGUUAAAGAAGAUUUGCCAGAAGAUAGUACUACCACUACUCAACCGGACUUCAGAGAUAAUGAAGAAGAAGAAUAUACAACAGUCAAAACGGAAGACACAACAGAGUACGUAGAUGAAACGACAACGACCGACAUCCCUGAUGAACAACUCGAAACAACUACACAUCUCGAAGAAGAUAUCGAAACAACUAACACCGAAGACGAAAUGGAACCCCACGUAUCUUCAACCCCAAAUAUUCAACCAGAUACAGAGAAACCUCUGACACAAGAGGAAGAGAAAGAAACGGAAGAAACGAUACCGGAGACUGCAACAAAGCCUCCGGCUAAAGAAGAAGACUUGCCAGUACAGCCGGUGCAACCCCUAACCGAACCCACUCCGUCUUCAUCCGACAUUUUGUCGGGCACAUCAUCGUCGAUCGAUGUUGCGCCCAGUUUCGCCAGUGUGUUGCCUCUCGAGACGCCUCAGCUGUCGUCAUCCGACUCCCCGACCCCUAGAUACCUAGACGAUUCCGAGAUACCGAGCGUGAUUCCUCUGGGAGCCGACUAUACCCAGUCACCGGACCCGGUGAGGGCCUCGGAGGUCCUCGGCGCGACGACGGUGACGACCUCGAUCUCGUCACCGACCCCCGAGGACAUCGAGGCCGGACUAGCCGACGAUUUGUACCUGUCCCUGUCGAGACCGGACUUCCCCCAGAUUUUACCCUCGAAACCGAGCACCGUCGAACAUCAGACGAGACCCCCGCCCGACUUAGAACCCAGCACGAGCGUUUUCUAUACGGAGACUGUAGUGACGUCGACGAGAUUGAGGACGUACACGUACGUGGUGACGCAACAGAACGGACUGGAGACGAAAGUGACGUCCUCGACGACGGUCAGACCGAGAGUGACUACACUUACGUUGACGGUGCCCGUCACGGUGACUGUCACUCCUACCGUGGAGUCGUCAGCUGUGCCGUCUGUGUAUAGUCCAGUGCCCGAUGCUGGAGAUCACGAAGUGAAAGAUGAAGAAGGUCGAAGGUUCAACCUAGCGACUCGCGUAAUGUCGAACGGCGUCGAGGUGAUCGUCGCGGGACCCACGCCGGCGUUGCGAUGGGAGAAUUCUAUACCGCAGCCCACGCUGACAUUGUCUGACGCGGUUGUCAUGAUGCUUCCUCAAGAUAAGCCGAAUGAAUUUGUCACGAAGACAUGCACCACCACGUUCACGUACCUCACCACGAUUACCAAGGACGGGACAACUACUGUUUCGACGGAACAACAGGUCGUGGCAAAUACUGCAACAGAGGAACGCCACCGGAAACCAGGAUCGGAAACAGCUGCUGUAACGCUGGAAGCAUCGCCAACCCUGCGAACGGAAGUCUUCAAAACGACGUACACGUAUUUAACUCUGAAUACCGAUCAUCCGAAUGUAAACGACGCGUUAGAGAGCAGCUCCAAAGUGAUCGCAAAUACAGUAACCGCUCCGCAGCAUUAUUUAGACAUGAUCUUGGAACCUUCGGAAAUACCCACACCGGAAACGAACACGUACCUUAGUACCAGAAUGCUGGAGAGGACGUUCAUGGAGGAUGGACGGACGAGGAUCGAAACUACUAGUGAUACUGUUACUCAGCUUAUAAUAACAGAGUCCGCGCCACCGCCGCGCCCGACAAGUGUUACGACCACACUAACAGCGCUAGAUCACACGGAGGAAAACAUGACUGAUGCAAUGAAGACUUAUUAUAUUACCUAUACUUAUUACAAUACGUUCCUGGAGAAAGGUAGCACUGUGGUUCGCACGAACGUGGCAACGUCCACCGAUGUCGUCCUGGAGAAAGUGCCAGUGAAGAAGACGACAAAGACCGCAUUGGUUAACCCGACCCCGGAACCUAUUCAAAUCUUCGCCACGAAGACGUACCUGACGACUUUUACGUAUUUCACGACGCUGCUGCAGGCUGGAGCAGACGGAGAAACAUCCACCACAGUAUCGUCACGCUCGCACAUCGUUGAGAAUGUUGUCACAGAGUCGAUAGCGCCUAGUUUGUUGGAUGCUGGUUACAUGAACGCUUUGCUGACAACUGCUCAUCAUUCUGAUCCAGUGAAGAACGUGGUGACAGGGUCAACGAUUAUUUUCUUUGAUGAGGAGGAUCAGAUCGAUCCGACCACCACGAAUUUCCCAGAAUCAACCCCUACGAUUGAACUUCAAAAAGACGAAAUUAUUUCUGCAAGUUUGGUAGCGACCGAGCCGUCUUCUGUUGUCGGUGAACCAAAACCUGUCGCGCAUAUUAAUCAAGAAAAUAAUGUUACAACAUCGGCUUCCGGAGAAAACAAUCAGAAUAAAAGGCCAACAAAUCAAAACACAAGUGAUCUUCAAGUUAGCAAUCUUCUGAGUCUGGGAUCGUUAGGGAUCAAUAGUUUGUCAGCUCUGGGGCCUGUGAUUACGGCGAUGGCCGGUCUACUACAAGGAAAACCAUCGAUGACUCGCAGAAAUGAUACAGUACCACAAGCAGAAGCUCAAGAAGUUACCACACAAAGAUCACCGAUUUAUAUACCUGUGGCCGAGUUUGCUGAUGGGGAUAUAGAAACUGCUGAAAGCCAAAAUAUAGGUACUCACCUUGCAAAUCUAAAUCACAACUAUAUAGCAGAAACGCGUCAUAAGGUAGCAUCCAGCCUGGCAGAUGGUAUCCCAAUCUCGCCAGGAGAAGUGAUUACCGCAAACAGCGACAUUAUAAUUGGCAAACCAGGAAAAAUGGCGCCUAGACCUCCUCAGACGUAUCUGGAAGACGAAGAACACAUUGGAAUGAAACCGCCCCCGUUACCAGUUCCCAAUAUUCCGGUCCAUCCAGUUCUCGAAGUGUUGGAAAACGAUCGAGAGACGUCACAGUCGCAGCAAAGUAUUCAAACACACAAAGGACCUCAAAUACAAAUAUAUCCUGCGCAGCAAGUUUACGAAGAACACUUGAAGAUUCCAGUUUCUAUACCGGUGGAAACGAAUCCAGCAUUGAUACCAAAGCAACCUCAAAAAUUACAUCCAGUACAAUCAUCACCGCCAAAGAGGAUGGGAUUGAAGCAGGAUGUUUUGGAAAAUGAUCCUUUAUUGAAACCACCCGACAGGCCGAACGUGGAACAGUAUGUAAACCCAAAUUUGAACUUGAAGGAACCGGAAUGGAGUCCUGAAAAAUCGAGAAGACCCUGGAGCGCGAAGGAUCCUUCGAAGUUCUCCCCACCCCAUCCACAAUUCGAUCAAAAAAUGGAUUCAGCAAAACCACUAAUAGAAAAACAAUGGCCAACGGUUCCAUCUGAAGAGCAGAAGCGACCACCAUGGGCGCAGAAGGAUCCUCUGUUACCUGGUUCCCCUAUUGUCAUUCAAAGUUCGGAGUCUAAACCAACACCAUCAGAGCCUAUCGUCCAUCAAGUGCCUCACGUCAUCGACAGAUCAACAGGACAGCCAUUACUGGUCAACAUCCAGCCCAGUCAGGUUGCUAACGUCGUGAUUCCUCAAGGUGGUACUCAAGCCUUGAUAUUCGGCGACACCAGCGAGCCUCACAUAAGUGGGCAAUACUUCGACGAUCCUUCACCUUAUCCAGAGUCUGAAGUCGGUUUAGGAUUCAUUGGAAUGCAAAGAGUGGAAGAUUUGCAAAAAUACUCGAACGGAAAUGAUCCUGCAGACUACAUGGUCCCACCAUCUCCACCCCUAAAUUUCAGAGCUCCGGAAAAACCAGGUUCUCCAAGUCGACCAUCCAGCAUUCCCCUAUCGCCAGAUCGAUUCAAUUACGAAAGACCACAGGACAAAUUAGAAUCCCCUAAUCUCAGACCCGUGAAGACGUCCGUUGACGUACACUUGAUCAGACACCCUAAUAGUUCCAAUGUCCUCGGAGGUCAAGGUCAUGUUCACACAGAGUUGCACCAUAGACCGGAGAAUAUAAAUCUUCGUCCUCAUGGUUUACCGCAUCCUCCGAACCACCUUCAUCUGCCACCUAGAGGACAAUUCCCAAAGAUUCAGAAGCCUGGCGAGCCUGGCAAUCCGCCUAGAAGGAUUGAAGUGUCGAAUCCUUCGGACAAUUCUCAUCGCUAUAUUUUAUUACCUAAACCAGACUCAGGGAACGAGAUUUUGUUGAAUACGAACUGGAAAGAUAAGAAGCCACCUAGAAUUCUGGUAAACAAUAGAUUAAGACCGCGGCCGCCAUUAUGGUCCACGACGAAUCGUCCCCUGGAUAGACCGAUCUAUGUGGAGAGGCCAAAUAUCAGGAAGCCUGUUUAUACUGGACCCCAGAGACCUCCACUUAAGACGCAAAAUACUAAUACGUUUGUGCUUCCUCAUCGACCGAUCACGAGUCCUCAAAUUCAUCACGAGCCUCCAAGGAUAACUACUACUAUACCGAAUAAUGGAGGGAACGAAGGAACAACUGAAAGACAGCCUGCGUUUGGACCUCCUCAGAUUGACCUCCAAGACAGACCACCUCACUUCUACCCGGAGAAUAAAAGGCCACCUCUCAUCACGCCAGUCAAUCCUCCAUCAGAACAAGCCGAAGAACACUUACCAACAGGAGCUGUAGAGUACCACAAUCCAUCUAAUCCGAAAACAAAAGUAGAAGAUCCAAAAAUAAUGAUAAACAGUCAGAGCUUUAGCCAGACUCCCUCUGAUCCAGAUAAUGAUCCGGACUCCUGGUCAGACUCGCAAACGGAGAAGACGCUAGACUCAGAGACCGGCGCCUCUGAAUAUGUUAAAUAUCACAAUCAAGUGAAAGUGGUUCAAGAAACCGAGAAGACGAAAGGUGACGAAGUUGCUAAUAUUCAAACUAAUAACAUAACUCUGAAUGGGAACACGGUACCUGGUAAUAUCGUGAUUGGCAAGCCAGUUGGAUUAGAUCAGACUCAAAACCAAAAAGAGAAGCCCCUCUGGCUGAGUUCUGGAAUGCCAUUCAGUCACAAGAACGAAGGCACACCUAACCAAGGAGUGCCUUAUGGACCGACAUAUUACAACACAAGACCAAAUGAUAUGACAAUCGUUCAAGGUAAGCCAUUUGGAGUCUAUAGUGGCCACGAGGAUGCAUCACAAUACGGUCACAAGAGAAAAGAACCUAGACCUGACUACGACAUAGUGCAAGGAGUGCCCACAGCUUAUUACGGAAACCAGAAGCCAAGUGACAAGCAUCAUCCAGAGGUACACACGUCUACACCCCGACCCUAUGAUCGUGACGAUACUAUAGACUUAAGGCCACCAGCGAUCAUUCCUCAAUUUGUGCCAGAAGUGGACAAGCCGAGCAGGUAUCCUAAACCACCCACGAUGAACAAAGUCGAAACCAGACCAGCUUUGUAUCCUAGACCAGAAACUAUAACCCGUCCACCUGAGAAGAAACCUGAAAUAAAACAGCCUGCUGAAGCCAAACCUGAAUUGUCAGAUUCAUUUGUAAAUACCAGUUCAAUUCGCAAGGAAAAUAAGAGUCAGUCACAUCUAGGUGGCUUCAUAAACCUUAAUUGGCAAGAUGCUACGAAGGUUCUUGAUCAUCGACUGGGCGAAAAAAGGCCUGCCGCGCAAGAACCUCAUUCUAACAAGACUGACACUAUCAGAAUUAAUUUCCGGAAUAACACUGUUCCUCAGGAAACCGAUGUUCACCCUCAGUUCAAUGCAGAAGUAAUAAAACCAGCGUUUGACAAGAAUCGUCCUAAAGUGACGCAUCCAGAAUACAAUCCGGGGACAAGGAUUCAUCCUGAGUAUCCUCAUAUUAUCACAAAGCACAGGCCUCAAGUGCCAGGACCAAUAACAAUAACGACAAGCAAUUCUAAGCCAGAAAAUGGGAUGAAUAUAAGAUUCUCGUUACCAGUGGAGGCUAUAGGCCAAGAAGUAGACAGUAAGACACAAACUGAAAGACCACCGAGUAUGUUGAUCACCGUGACCAAUCUGAACGACAAGAAGAAGAACGAUGAAUCUCUAGAGACUGCUUAUCAGACUAACUUCGCACUGGCAGGAGUGGACAAAGGAGACUCGAUUAAACAUGAGACCAAGACUAGAAUCAGACCUGUCGAGCCUUCUACUGGAGAUGUGUUAAGUAUUGAACCAGUGAAUGUGCCAUCUAGGGACAUGAUGCCACCGCCUCUAAGACCUGCAGUGCUGAAUCAGUCUAAUAAGAAUGAAGAGGAGGGCUUGAAGCCUCCAACGAUUCCUUCGCACGAUGUCGUUGGUUUGUCUCCGCCGCCAGUCGAUAUCACCACGACUAGUAGUCCCACGGAGGAUCGGUUCCCAUUUGCAACUGCAAACGACUCUGGCCUGAAACCUCCGCCGAAGUACAUUCCUUUGAAAGAGGCGCCUGUUGCUCCACUGCCCAGUGUCAGCAUGGUUCCACCUAGCCCUAGACCCUCCGUUGCUAGGCCUUUUAUCGUGGAACUGCUUUCUCAGGAUAUGGUACCACCACCGCCAGCGACACAAACUACAAGGCCACUCGAAAUAGCCACAGUUAGGCCAGCUGUCGCAGUGUCUGGUUCCAUUCAAAUCGCAACCGCUGUAGCAACAUCCCAUAUACCAGUCAUCCACGAUAUCGAAUCGAAAAUACCUAUCAUACAUGGGACUGUUGAUCUUCCAGUCGUUGUCGACGUACCUGAAAUCCUCAGGCCGGUCGAGACCAGGAUGACUGAGCAUGUUAGCAUUUACACUGUUCGACCGUUUGACACCAGACCAGUGUCUAGAAUAUCCAUCCAACCAACGCCGAUGCUGUCGACGAACGUAGUGGUCCCGACGAAGAUGAGGCCACUUCAAGUGGAUCACAUCCAACCGAGCAGGUCAUCGUCCACGACUCGAGAGGUCGUGCCGACCAAGUCGUACACCUUCGACGUACCACGAAAUCCAGUGAAGCGGCCCGAGCACCCGGUAUUUUUGGAAUCCAGCCACGACAAUGUCUUGCCGUCGAGCAGAGUGGAGCCGACCGAGUCUUUGACUCCCGCGACCACCACGAGUCAGGAGAAGGAUCAUCGGUUCACGAUGAAGAAAGAUGAGAGCACUAAGGUGGUCGUGCCGCAGGCGACAGAAGUGAAACGAAAAAACGAGACGACCGUCGUUGAAUUGGCCAGCAUAGUGACCAGGGUUGACAGUUCGAUAACGAAGGUAACGAGCAUGUUGCCGGAGAAACACGGAGGAAGGAACGAGUCGGUGGUCAAGAUGACAAAGGACAUUACUGGCAGCUCGACACGCGAAGCUGUUAACGGGUCCACUACGACCAUGCAGGUGAAACCUAAAGAGGUGACAAGGUUCCAAACUUCCACUGUAACCAGAACAGAAACCUCGGUCCUGGGUUCUCCUCCAACAACCAGAACUCUGCUUCUCACUCAUACACUGACUUCAACUACGGUUGAAACGGUAACUGAGACCUUGCUGCGCCCAACGAGCGUGAUAUCUACGAUAACAUCGACAAUUUUACAGUCAAUUGUUACUAGAAUACCUUCGUCUUACGAAAACGUAGUAGACAACGACUCCAUUUUCGUAGUUAUGAGUGACCAGAAACCACCCGCGCCUGGAGCUGAAGAGGUCGAGGCUGAAUACGGUGAUAUCUCGAGAGAUGAACAAGAUCCAACCGGAAAUGAGAUUCACAGAGUCCUGGCUGGCGGAGUUCUAGGAGCACCUGUGGUGUCCCUUCAACCUAUUAGCAACCAGUGCACACCUGAAUGCAGAGCCUCUAAAGCAGAAAUUUGUGCUGAACUCGAGGGUGAAAUGAGAUGCGUUUGUCGUCCUGGAUUUGCGAGAAUGUUCCCCGACCGGCCUUGUAAACCAACCUAUACCUACACCUUAAGAGUAGGCUUAGACCGCAUCGGCCACGAACCAGUGAACUACGAAUCUAGUAUGAACGACACGACAUCGGUAGUCUACAGAAGAUUGCUAGGUCCAACUAAGGAUGCAUUAGAUAGAACUCUGAUGCAGAGUGAUUUAAGGGAUAUAUACAGAGGUUUGAAGAUUGCUGGUUUCACGCCGGACCCGACGAAGGUAGAAUUCCACGUGCAGCUCAGCGAUAAUGCCAAUGAGACGAGGCUAAAAGAAGUCCUUCAGAAGUACUUGAUUAGCAGCAACUAUAGCUUGGGAGGCACUGAGGUCUACGCCUCGAAGAAUCUCGACAUGAUCGACGCAAUCGAUUUCGACGAGUGCGUAACAGAGGACGGUGGUCCUCACCACGACUGUUCGCCGAAUGCAGCUUGCUUCAACUUACGAGGUUCUUAUCAAUGUUCCUGUAAAGAGGGCUGGGCUGAUCUGUCCGAGAACUCAGCAUAUCCUGGAAGAGUAUGCUCCCAGGCUCCAUUAGGUUGUCCAAGCUGCAAUAAUAAAGGACACUGUGUCACGAACACCAACGGACAAGAAGUUUGCGAAUGCUUCCCUUGGCACAGUGGUCAGCGCUGCCAGGUUAAUCUCAAAGUGCUACUGAUAGCUCUGGUUACGACCGGGGCAAUAUUACUGGGUCUUCUGGCGGUGUGCGUGGGCAUGGCGUGCUUCCGUCACCCCGGCCGAAAACGGCAGGCCGGCGACAGAAGAGCUAUGAUUCCUGGAACAGGCGGAGACACCAGUAGCGAGGGUAGCGUCACAGAUCUGGCGAUUCCUCACCACGUGCCUCACGUUCUGCCACCUCCGCCCCAGAUGAUAGCACCCCUGCCGCCGAACAAGCGACCGGUUCGCAAGAUCAGCGGAAAACCUAGGCAACCGCCGAGGAAAGCCACUAUGGUUCCUGCUUCAGUGCCAAUUAACGAUGAGCAACGGGACCGUUCGCUCACUGUGAUGAUUCCUCGAGCUAAAUAUCGAUCGGCGCCUCAAUCGCCGCAGCACUACAAAUCCGGAAUGAGCACGUUCUCGACAGAAGAGCACAAACUGCUCAGCUAUCUCGAUAACGGCACGCACAGCACCGGAAACAGGAAGCAAAGUGUAUCCAGUACGAAAGACUGCAAAGAGGCCGACGUGCAGAUCAUCAGAACACCGGCAACACCUACUGGCGCUCUCGUUAGUGCUGGUUUCCAGGUCUCCGCAACAGUGACUCGAACAAUGGACGCCGAUUCCACGUUAGCUCGGUCCUGCGGCGAGACUACAGUGGAAGCAGCGACUAAGGUAUUGCGAACCGGAGACCUUCCAGGUGAUCUUGGUUCGACGUUAGCCCGCUCCUGCGGAGAGACAACCAUUCAGGCGCCCACGAAGUUGCUGAGACUCGAUUUAGGGGAAGCCGGUUCUACUUUAGCCAGAUCCUGCGAGGAGACGACGAUCCAGCCGCCGACGAAAGUCGCUGACGCUCGAAGGAGCAGCGUUAAGGAUAACAGAGACAACAGAGACACGCGAGACAGCGCCAGCGAAGGGCACACAAUGGCUGAGAGGGAUCUGGGAAGCACGCUGAGACUUCCUGCGCAGCAUCCGCCUCUUUAUAGCCCAGAUAGGGCCAGCGAUCGAGAAUCGAACUUCGAUUCCCUGUAGGCAUCAUAGAUCUUUGAGAAAGAGAAUAUCCGGUCGACGGGUUCCAGCCGCGGACGAUACCGCUGGACGGUAAUCUCCACAGGUUAGCAAUACCGUUCAUCAAAAAUUCGUCGAUGCCAGAUGGAAGUAGAAAAUUUCGGAAAUCGAGUCUCCCGACGAAGAGAAACGUGCGAGUCCGUUUAUCCUGAACACUGUCGAAUGGAAUUGCACAAAAAAUGCGGACGGAAGGAUCGACAAAAAUGUGUCCAGUGGGAAGCUUUAAUUCGUGUACUUUUCUAUUGUAUUAAAAAAUUAUUUAUUCAAAGAGAAGCUUCGUACGAAAACGUUUGUUCUUUCUAUUAAACGACAGUCUUCAGGAUAACCGAAGAACCAAGGGAAUGAUACAAUUAGAAAAUCGGAGGAAAAUUGUAAGAAGCGCUUUUUAUUAUUUAUUUAUAUAUUCGUUCGUCGAGAUUUAGGAGGAAGGGGCUCUUUUUGCCGUCGACGGGAUUCUAAUCGAGUUCGAUCAAACGUGAAGAAGCUCAAACUCAAAGAGACGCGCGCGUUAUUUACCCCCGUGCCAAAAUACAACCAAUGAAAGGGAAGCUCUCGCCUUUCCGAAUAUCGUUAUCACGUUUCACUUGUCGGUUGAGGAAGGCUCGAAACGUUGGUCGACAAUUUUCCUUAUUAAAUAAAUACAAAGGCUAUUACACUGAAAUAACGAUAUUCUCUAAUCAUGGAGAAUAUUUAACCUGCACAUUACUCAAGUUUCGCUAGUAAUAUUAAACAAAACACGAGAAGGAAGGUUAUCAAAAUUUCAUUAGAAUUUAGUGAUACCGGAUAAUGUUGUUCAUCCGUAACAAUACAAAUAUUCGGUGAAUGUAUUUUAUUAAUAUAAAUAGGAAACCAAUGAAACAUGUUCAUUGAAGCGUAUUCAUUGAAUUUAGAAAAUAUCCUAUAAAUAUGUUUGUUCUUCUUACAAACGAGUAUUUAUUUAAUAUUUUAAAUUUGUAAGAAUUGAAUGUGGUCGUUCAGAAGAUGCUUCAUGAAGGUAUUGUUAAUUAAAUAUGCUUUUAGAGUAUGUUUAUUUACUGAACUAUAGUAGACUACGUUUAUAGUAAGCACCUCAGUUUCAUAGUGCAAAGGGUUCAUUUAUAUAAUCAAAUUUCGAGCAAACGUUUCGAGUCUCCGACCGGCCAUCACGCGAAUCGAUGCGUGACUUUAACUUAACCCAGUGUCAUAAGUUGUGAACGGCGCCGAUCGCCGCGGAUUCAAUGUUUGCGUGCGAUCGAUCGCGGAACCAGACAUUAUUAUUAUUGUUGUUGUUGUUUGUUUGUUUAGUCUAUUCUCUGACGGGUCUCGUCAUGUUGCCCGGCUUCGUCGUGAAAAGUUCGUGCGCAACAAAUCGACCGAAUUCGAUCAUCGAACCUCCAUUCGAUCGCGAAUCACCUGGAAUUUUCAUUUUAAAUCGAACUACAUCACACGAUUCGCGGUUUCUAAGAAUUCUAUACAUAAAUCGGCUUACAUUUAGAAACAUUAAAAUUCCUUUUCGUGUCAUGGUGUUAUAAUAUUUAUUUCGAUUCUAUUUUGGUUACUUUAAAUUCUAUUUAGAAGGAAAAGCGAGGCAUCUGAUAGAAUCGAUCGACCAGAUUCAAGCUUUUAUUUUUAUUCUUUUGAUAAAUAGGAGACUUAAAAGGGCCAUUAAUUUGUGUUGCAUUAGAACUCUUCGAAUUCACGCACGACUAAUAUGAUUUUAUAAUUUUAUUUAUAAAAAUCCAAUGAAACAAAAUAUUUUCGUUGAAGAAAUGGAAAAUUAAGAUUUGAAUCUGGAUCCUUCUGCUUAAUGAAGUCAAUUCACUAACACCGUAGAAGAAACUAAUAUUAAGAUAUUGUUGACAGCGAAAGAAAAGGAAUGAUUCGACGUUAAAUGGGAGAACGUGAUCGAAUUAUAUAAUUAUUUAAUCGAGACGAAGUCGCGGCAACGUCGCUGUAUCAGACUCGAGGAAGAGCGAGCAGGGCGUGUCGUAUGAGGCACGCGCAAGUGCAUUUAACUCUUUUUUUUUUAUUAGCUCAAUAGGUAGCGUAAGCGGAUGCAUUACGGAGGACAGGUGUAUCAUUAACGAUGUUACUUCUAUUAUUAUUAAUUUUCGUAAGGCCGCGUUUAACCAAAAGUGAAUAGAAACGAAAACGACGAUGCUCGUACCUUGUAUCGCAAAUUACUAACUUGUCCUUUUCACGUCCAAAUGAAAUUGUUCUUUAUACAUACAUAUACACAUACGUAUAGACAUUGAUGUUUACAUGCAUACACUGGAAUUACGAUGUUUUGUCGGUAUGUAUGUAAAAUUGCUAUCUAUACAUAAUAAUAAAUAUAUAUAUAUAAAAUAAAAUAUAUAAAUAUAUAUAUAUUUAUAUACGAUACACUUAUAAAUAUAUUCUGUUGUACAUAUUCUCUCCUGAAGAACCUCUUCUA